GCGACGCAGCGACAAACAUAAAAGAAUGAUAUGACUACGUUAACCAUUGCUAUCCGCACAGAGGCAAUGCAACAGCAGCAACAGCAUCAACUGUUGAAUUCCACCGUCACAAGCGUCAACAGCAUAGAGGCUAACGCCUCAGCAGCGCCAGGCUGCACGACAGACGUGACGAAGCAACUCAACGAGCGCAUCGAUCACGUCGUCACCAUCAUCGGCGACAUAAGUACGUUCACUGGACCAGACUCGAUCAGCAGCACGGUGGCCGCCAUCAAGACAGACAUCGCCAAGCUACAGACGAGAUCGGAAGCCGCUACAAAGACGUUCAAGAUGCCGCACUUCGACAUCAGCAAGUUCGACGACUACAACAAGUCGGACGCCUUGUCAUGGUGGCAACGCUUCCUCACGGAAGCAUCAUGCUGCAUGGUCCCGGCGGACGACAUGUUGAAGGCAUUAUAUCUGCAGCUGAUUGGAGGAGCGCAGGGAUGGAUGAACCACCUAGCGGCUACACACAAGUGCACUAUCGCCGAACUCCACACGCACAUUACGUGGAAGGAGUUCGAGCAGCUAUGGUUCACCCGGUUCAUGGUCCGCAACGUCGUGAAGGCGGCCAUGAAUGAGGUCAGGCUUGACUUGACGUUUCCAAAUCAACGAUCCGAGUUCUUCUCGCGAUCGUGCACGGGAUUGUGGUCGGCACUCGGUAAUGAGUACGACUAUACCACAUUCCAGGCCAUUCUGGAUCGAGCGAACUUGGUCAUCCAAACGAACGACAAGGCCGCUAACGAGAGACAAUCCCAGCCGCACUAUGUGGCUAAGCAGACCUAUCAACGUCCGACACAUAACAAUGCCGUGUUUUCUGAAGAAAUCGACGACCACCACGCGGCGGCAGCAUCCUCGAGUGAUGGAGGAAUUGUCGCAGCGCUCCCGCCGAAGCAUCCGAAGAGAGUUCGCAAGAACAAGGCGACACAAGGGACAGCGGCGACGGGAGCUGGGCAGCAGCCAUGGACGGCUUAUAAGAUCACCAACGAGGUCUAUGACCUACGUCAGAAAAUUCGCGACGCCAUUGCUCGGAAUGACGUCGAGGAGAUGGGCCUUGUAUUCUUGCAUGCUCUCCCCUCGCCGGACGGACCAGCCGCGUCACCGCCGGACCCACGCAUUUCUCACUUCUUGGACGAGUAUAGAGACGUCUUCGAGGCUCCCACCGGAACGAUUCCAGAUCAGCCCAUACGUCACGGGAUGACUCUCGAGGCGGGCGCCGUCCCUCCGCGUGGAUGUAUCUACCGCAUGAGCGAAGAGGAACUCGAAGUGCUUCGCGCACAACUCGAUGACCUUCUCGACAAGGGCUGGAUUCGCCCUAGUUGCUCGCCAUACGGUGCACCUGUUCUCUUCGUCCGGAAGAAGAACAAAGAUCUACUGUUAUGCAUUGACUAUCGGAAACUUAACGCAGAAACCGUAAAGAACGCCGGCCCUCUCCCUCGGAUUGAUGAUCUUCUUGAGCGGUUAGUCGGCGCGACGUACUUCUCGAAGUUGGAUCUGAAGUCAGGUUACCACCAGAUUGAAAUCCAGCCUCAAGACCGGUACAAGACCGCGUUCAAGACGCGGUAUGGGCAUUUUGAGUGGGUKGUCAUGCCAUUUUGCCUCACCAAUGCCCCCGCAACGUUUCAAGCAGCGAUGACGACUGAGUUUCGCGACUUGCUCGAUCGCAGCGUCCUCAUCUACCUUGAUGAUAUCUUGGUUUAUAGUAGGACGUUGAACGAGCACAUCGUACACCUUCACGUUGUCUUGAAUCGUUUGCGACUAGCCAAGUACAAAGCGAAUCUCGACAAGUGCGAAUUCGCCAGGCAAGAGCUUGAGUACUUGCGCCAUUUUGUCACGCCGAAAGGCAUUCGUCCCUUAGCGGACAAGAUCCAAGCCAUCGUGGAUUGGCCGGAACCCCGUUGCACGACGAAU